ACCAAGCAGAUCAUGUCCACUUGGAAAGCAAGGCUCGCCAGAAGACUGAAGUUUCCAUCUAGGAGGAUGCAUCCAUUUCCAUGCUCAGCUCUGCUUACCUGUUUUGGGCACACGAGGGAGAAUGCACCCUUUGAACAGCCCAGUGUGGCUGUUACUCACUCUACUGUCUAUGUUCAGCCCAUGGCCAAAGUGGGUCGACACUCAAGUCACCUGAAAGGGGAAGAAAGACCUCCAGAGAAAAGGAAAGAUUCUGGCACCCAUUUGGAGAGAAAUGGCAGUGCAAAAAGGAAUGCAAGUAACCACACUGUUGUCCAGGUGACUGAGACCCCUGAGGAUUUGCCUGGGUCUCUGGAUGGUAAACUGGACUGUGAAGCAGUUACUUUUCAGACUUCUAUUCCUAGACCAUCAAUUAUUGACAUGCCAGAAGAAAAGGAAAACCAAGAAGAACCUAAAGACCUCAAUUUGGGACUGAAGAUGACACCAGAUUCUCCUCCUGAGGGUACUGACCUUAAGGACACAUACCUCAUCUCAAGAAGGAUCAUGGCUGAGCCAGACUAUAUAGAAGAUGAUAAUCCUGAACUAAUUAGGCCCCAGAAACUAGUCAAUCCUGUCAAAACAUCCCGGAACCAUCAAGAUCUUCACAGAGAACUUAUGAUGAAUCAAAAACGGGGUCUGGCCCCUCAGAAUAAGCCAGAACUGCAGAAGGUGAUGGAAAAGAGAAAACGAGAUCAAGUAAUAAAGCAGAAGGAAGAAGAAGCACAAAAGAAGAAAUCUGACUUGGAAAUAGAACUAUUAAAACGGCAGCAGAAGUUGGAGCAGGUUGAACUCGAGAAGCAGAAGUUACAAGAAGAGCAAGAAAACGCUCCGGAGUUUGUGAAGGUUAAGGGCAAUCUCAGGAGAACAGGUCAAGAAGUGGCCCAAGCUCAGGAGUCGUAGGGCACAGAAGCUGUGUGGAUCUCCUCAGUGCUGCUUCUCAGGGAUCGCCCCUGAGAGCAGCCCAGCCAGCAGACUGACUUUAACAAGGAUUUGGUUUUGGUUUUCCCACAAUCUGGUGGACAAAUCACCUGUUAAGGUGAAGUUCCUAUUCGCCAAGUGAAGGACAUUGACCAGCACUUAUGAUAAUGGACCUGUGUUUGGAAACUGAGAGGAAAAAAAACACCACAACAGCAACAAAAGAAGAGGACACUGGAAAAAAUUUUUGAAAGUUGCACUGCUUGGUUUUUCUUACAGUCCAAGUGUAGUGGGGGCACAGAGCAUUUUUUUCCCUUUAAAAUCUAAAGAAAACGUGUUUCAUUUUUGCUGUUGUUAUCUAUUAGAUCAUUAGAUUGCAUAGAAAUACAUUUGAUCUGUUACAUCCAAUAUUUGUAAAUUCAAUUUUGAGAUCCCCAAAUUUCCUUGUUUAGUUUAUACUUUUACCCAUGGUAGAAUUAACGCCACAUGAUGUUACUGUUGAGCACAGCUCUUUCCUUUGUUGGCAUUAAGAUUCAGAAAUAGAGUGAGGAGGUUUUAAGAUAGGUAAACAAAAGUAUGUAAACACCCAUCUUGAUUUUAUUUUAAUUCCUUUUGGUUCUCUGAUAUUAGUAUGCUCCUUGAUAACAUUCCAGUUCAGAAAAGAUAAAUCAGAUAAAUCCAUAUAUUGUUUUGAUAUCCAUUAGGGCUUUUGUUCUGUUUUUUAAAUUUCUUUUUAGCUGAGCUUAUCCUUUUAUAUAAAAGAAUCUCUUGAAUCUGCAGAGACUACAAACUAAUCCAUGUAACCCAACUUUAAUGUCAAAAGUAGAGGGUCCAAAUCUUUUGAUUUCUUCUAAGAGUGGUGUAGGGAAAGCUCCUGCUGGCUGCUGAGCCAGGAGGAGUUCUUCGGGUAUCUUAAUGUGAAACAAAUGUAGGUUGGUCUCCAGGAGGCCUACUUAGGAAGAUUUAUAGCAUUUGUACUUUUUGAAUAUUAGUGGUAUCCCAGCUUUGAAAUUUCUGAUUAAUGAUCAUAUAUUGCUUUGCCUUUUUUUUUUUUUUUUUUUCCUGUGAAGAAAGACUUUCACCACUAUCUUAGUGAGGAUGAUGCUGUUGAUAAUGGUGACAGUGAUGACUACUGUUCUGCAUCUCAGGAAAAGCUGAGGUGAAGGGAGGGAGAGGCUGCUCAAAGUCUAGUGUGAUUUAUGCUAACAGUGAGAUUCUUACACAGAAUCCAUAUUAUCCUGCUGAAACGGGCAGGGGUACAUUCUACUUGGGGUGAUCUUGAAGAGUGAGUAUGGAUUUCAAUAUGUUCUCCAUGGAGAUGGUUUAGCCAGUAAUUUGUACAUUGAAGACUUCUACUUCCUUAAAAGGUUCCUAGAAAGCUGGAUAUCCUGAGCUUUUAAAUCCUUAAUAAGCAUAAUAGAAAUUAGCUUUCUAUGGGAAUACUUUAGUUUUCAUAGUUGAUGAUUAGGCUCAUAUUCAAUCCUAAUGUGAAGAAUAUGUAAGUAGUAUAUGCAAUGAUGAUAUACUGCUAGUUAGAAAACAUGUUGAUUACACCUGAAAUGGGUUAUUUCUCUCAUCAGCAAGUAUUAUUUGAAUAAAAUAUGAGAUGCUUAUGAUAAAAUAUUGCUCUAUAAUUGCUUUUGAAGGAUGGAAUGACAACUGUUUCUUCCAUCAGCUUCCCUUUCAGAGAAGAAAAGUAUGGUAAAUGAUCAUUUUAAAAGUACAUUUCUGAUUGCACAUUGACUAGAGCUCUUUCUUUGUUUCUGUGGACUGAUGAUGUGAUUUGAAAAAUGAAGAUUCAGGCAGGACUGACUCAUCCUUUUAUCUCACUGGAUGUUGGAUCUUUAGAUCCUGUGUCCUUGAAGCAAUUCUCUCACUUGAUAAAAUUCUCAAUUCCUUCAGAAGGACCAAUUCUGUUGCUGGAAUUUUCAUUCAUCGAUAGGAAGAAAAUGACGAAAGCAUCUCCCUUCCAACUCACAGAUCUGCAAAAUUAUUUGAAGUUAGUCAUACAAAGUCUCACCAAAAGAAAACUUGUAAAUAGCAUACAAUAAUCUACAACUAAACAGUGGAAUGUAUAGGUAGAAAAGCUCUUUGAAGGAAGAUCAGCUUGGCUCACAGACUGAGUUUAAAAAGGCAUCCAUCUCCCCCCCACACACUUUGAUACCAUACAGUCCAAACCCCUGGGACUCAUGAACAUACGAGCAGUUUGUGCUUUGAGCCGCUUUUUGACAAAAUGGCUCCAUUUUUCCACUCUAUGGCUUUCUUAUAAUAGUUCUCUGUUUUAUAGUCUCCUAGUAGUAGUGUUGCUUUCUAAGCUAUAACAGUUGACUUUAUUCUUCUACUCUGAAAAAUCUUGACUUGUUGGAGUGUAUAUAAUAUAUAUAAAGGGAGCCUUAAUGGAUUUGUUUUCAUAAUUUAAUAUUUUUUGUAAUUGCUCUUGUAUAAUUGUUUUUAACGGAAAGUAUUACAGAAUUGAGGGUGGAAUUCUUAGAACCAAAGUUAUUCUUAAUAAAAAUCACCACAUGCUUGGACCAUGCAACUGUUUGUUGGAUCUUUU